AUACCGUUCUUAGGGCGCGCAUUACCACCCUAGGAUUCCACCCUGAUACCUACAUUGUCACUAUCACUGAGUACCACUGACUACCAGUGCUAGUGGACACUCUCUCAACAAGGGGUGGUAACAUAAUGUCUAAAGAUACCUGGAAGCCACACUCCUCCCUAACUGAGGCUCCCACCAACCUGAAGGAGGCCAUUGACUGGGUCCUUAGGGUAACUGGUAGGGAUGGUAAGAAGAAUGAGAAACCAGCGGCAGCUGCUGCAGCUGCUGCGGCAAGCACUAGCAAUGGCCCCCACUGCCUCUGCUACUUGGCCAAAGCAAUAAAGGACCUACUGUACGACGCCAAGGACCCGGGGUUCCCUGGUCCCAGCCCUAAGAGGAACUGGGACGACAUACUCCUAACAGAGGAACAGUCCAUAGUCAAGCCAGUGCUCCAGGACCUGGGACUGGUCAAUAGUGACAGCACUAGUGCUACCUCUACUUGCGCUGGUGGCACCGAGGUCAUAGGGACACUGAUAGACCAGUUGGCACUGGGACUAGAGAAGUGGGUAGGGUGGCAGGAAGGGGAUACCUGUUGUCUUAAGGGAACAGAGGGUAUAGGAAGGAAGUGUGAUUGUCCUGGUGGUGUUGGUGUUGGUGGUAACUGUUGUGGUACCAGUGGUAGUGGUACUACUCCUUGUCAUCAGUGUGGCACGUGUGGUCCUAGUGGUAAAAACAAGUGCUACCAAUCGGCCUACUGCAGACCAACAACUCCUCCCAGUAGUCCCCCUACAGCAGAAUUCUACUGGCCCACCAUCUCCAGUGACGCUGAUAAGGUCCACCUCCUGGCCCGUAUUUUCCUAGGGUCAGUAUGUCUCAUCUGGAGUGGACUCAGUCAGUUGGGGUUCCUAACUAAGGAAGGGAGUGGUGGCACAGAGAAGAGGUGGAAGGAUGAUACGCUGAGUGAUGUCGAAAAGGGACUCGGAUCAUUCAUGGCGGCCAUGGGCUAUGACCUGGAGAGGUUGAAUGGGAGUGGUGGUACAGGAGGUCCCGCGAAGACGGGAGAUUUUGUGCAACAAUUGUUGACGGGAAAGCAUCCUGAUGAAAAGAAAGGCAUCCAAUGGAAAGAAUUCCAGGGAGACAGUACUUCUAAGGACAGUGUAGCUGAGUACUAUAGCAGUAUCUAUGAGAAGGCCAAGACUGCAGUGGAAAAGAAGCUCAAGACAGAGCAAUUAUGUGAGCAGUACCCCCUAUUGGUACUCCACAUCCUGGCCAGUGGGUACUUCAGGGCAGGUAGUGCAGGGGCGAAGAAUGUCACUCCGCCGGCAAAGCCGGCCCCUGGGAGUGAUACCAAAAAAGACACUCCCUCUUCUAGGAAACCUAGGACUAUACGGGAGAUCCUAUACUGGCUAAGUGCAUUGCCCUAUAGUGAGAAGUACAGAAAGCUGGUGGAUAGGAUGAAAGAGAAGACGGAUCAGGUGACCAAUGGGAGCGGAGAGACAGAAAUCAAACUGUACGAUGAAAAAGCUGCUGGUAAUGCCAGUACCACUCUCCAGCGUAAGGACAUUACCCACUACCUACUGGCCGCCUGUGGCUACUGCCCACUGGUACUCAUCGGUAUCCAGGGGACCAUAGAAAGGGAAGUGAAGACAGAUACACCAGGUGGAGGUCCAGGAGGAGGAAGUGGAACUGCUGGUACUGCUCAGAGUACUAACAAGUGCUCCAAUCACAAAGAAAAACCUCACGAGAGGUGUAACCCUAAAGAUAUAGGAAAACAACAGGCAACGGGAGGUUCCGCCAACGGACAAGAACUCCAAGCCGGUCAAGUCUGCUACGGCGGGUACCACCUGGCAGUCUCCAAGUUUGGCCCCCUCCAUGGGAUGUACGCCAAUGGGCUCUUUGGCUUUGACAUGGACGGCUCUCCCGCCCAGUGCCUGGACCAACUGAGGGUAUAUGUCUACCACUGCUUCUACCAGCUCUAUUUCCUAAGGAAGCAGUGCACAGUGGGUGUGGACAAGGCAGUGCUGGGCUGGAAAAGUUGUAGGUAUGGUAGUGGAGUCAAUCCAAAUGCUGGAGUGAGCAAUUCAUAUUCUUGGAUAUGUGAAGCGGAAGGUACCAGUAAUGGCAACUGCAAGUGCAAGGAGAGCGCCAGUCAUAAAUCACCAUUGAUGUUAUUCCUGUGUGACGGAAUAGGAUUAAUGGCGUGCAAAAGCACUGUAGGCAAAGGUGUGGAUGAUUAUCCACCUAUUGAGACUCAUUGGACCACUAAAGAUGAUAAUCCUAAAGGUCACUUUGGCACGCCAGACCUCAAUUACCCCAAGUUGUGCCCUGUUCCAAUGGGUUGGAGCGCAGAAAGUGGUAGUGGCAGUACUCAACAAAGAGAGAACCACUUCAAAGAUUUGAACAAUGGAAGCCACAAGACAGCGAAACUGACAGGAGGUACUGGCACUCCUGGCACAUAUCCUGCCCACUGCACUGGGAAUACACUGUCGCUACUCCUGGAGUACUACUGUGACCCAGAAAAGCAACAUGGCACCCUAGUGGUACUACUGAGACUGCUGGCCUGUAUUACUCCCACGGUGCCACGGACCCUGGGUGACCUCUUUGGGUUCUAUUACUAUAUAGUCUACAUUGGGGGACAAAAGGGUGGUGGAAGUAGUGAAGUGAAGAAGAAGCUAGGAGAGCUCGAAAGGGAAUCUAAACUGUACAUGCUUUCCAUUGGUAGUGGUAAUAAUGCAGUGGUCAAGGCACUAAAGGAAUACGGUGGAGAUUGCAAGACAGGCACUACUGGUGCCCUUAAGUGCCUAUAUAAAUGCGAUAACAGUGCCAAUACCGGCCAAUGCUCUCAAUACCUCUCUCCUCUGAGUGGCCAGCAGUAUGGCCAGUUGAGUCCAGCGAUGGCCGGGACCUACCUGUCAUGGUUGGUCUAUUUGAUAGGGGAGUUCCAGAAGGGACUGGAGGAUCUCAAGAAAGAGUAUUUGAAUAUACAGUGCAAGGAUGAGUGUAAGGAUAAGGCGGGAGUUGCUGGAUGUGGAGAUCAGUGUCGACAGGGUAAUCAUGGUACUACAUGCGAAGGUGGUAGUGCUAAUGAAGGCGUAUGUAAAUGUCCAUCUGUCGUAUCAUGUACCGGGGUACUGCCGGUGUUGUACAGGUAUGGCUUUGGGUAUGGUGAUGUAACGGAGUUGCACAAGGCACAAGGUGGUGGUACGCAGAACAAGAAGUGCCACGACUUCCUAACGACACUGAACAAGGUCCUAGAGGGUAACCACCUCAAGAAUGGCUCUCAAUCAGGGCUCCACCACGAAAUAAACCAACUAAUCUACACCACCAGGCUCCCCUGGAUCUUUGUCCUCACGGUAGCCUGGCUAGUGGCGGUACUGUAUCUAGCCUUUGGAGCCAUAUGGCCACUGGACUGGACACAUAUGAGGUCGCAUUGCAGAGGAUGGUUCGGGAAGGGCAGUCUGAGUCCAUGGGAGGUACUGAUGGUGGGUAAGAAGAAGGGAAGGGGGAUAUUGGAGUUUUUUGGUAAGACAUAGUGGCAAAGUAGUGGCGCCUUCGGCGCGAUAAC